GCAGUUGGUUCGUUUCUUCUCAUCUCAUCAUCUCAUCAAACCUAUCGCAGCAACCAGCAUAGAGCUACAUCGUGAAUCUUGAGAAAAACCUGUUCACUUAAUUUCGUAGCCACCAGCCACCGGUCUUGAUCUCUGAAGGACGAAGAAAUAGACCACCUGAGAAUUCAUGGCGCACCACUUCAUGGGCCGUCACAACAACAGCAAGGCAGCGGAGGCCGAGCCAUCCAAGGUGAAGGUGCCUACCGGCGGCGAUCACCGGAAGGAGGAGAAGCAUCACAAGCACAUGGAGCAGCUCGCCCAGCUCGGCGCCGUCGCAGCCGGAGCCUACGCACUGCACGAGAAGCACAAGGCGAAGAAGGCUGAUCCGGAGCACGCCCGGUCGCACAAGGUCAAGGAAGGGGUCGCCGCUGCCGUCGCCGUUGGGAGCGCCGGGUUCGCCUUCCAUGAGCACCACGAGAAGAAGGAAGCCAAGAAGAACCGCCGCCAUGGGCACCACCAUUGAUUCUUGGAUCUCUUGUGAUCGAUCGAGCUAUAGUACAAGUCUUGGAAGUAUCGUGCCAUCGUCUUAUUCACGACACUAUGUAAUGUAAUAUAUGUUGUUCUUUAUGUUUGCACAUAUAUAGUACAUCCUACUUUGUUAUAUGUGCUAUAUGAACAUGUUUGCUUGCUCACGUACGAGCUUUGUGCGGAGAUUUCAUAUCCAUCCUAUAUCGUAGUAAUUAAUUAACAUUUUUGCUAA